AUCACGGGUGAUGGGUGGACAAGCUUUUGUCAGGAUCAUUAUCUCACGGUUACUCUGCACUACGUGAGCAAUGGCCAGGUAAAGGAAAAGGUCCUAAAAACCAAAGCCGUGUACCAAUCUCAGACAGGCUCAGCUGUAGCAGAGGAGAUUGAUUACAUUUUAGAAGAAUAUGGUGUACGGGAAAAGGUUGUGGCAGCAACUGUAGACAAUGCAGCGAACAUGGAUGUAGCCAUCAAACAGCUGCAAAUUGUCAAAUUUCCAUGCUUCGCUCAUACGCUGAACCUGGGAGCGCAAAAGCUGUACAACUGCACUGCCAUAUCCAAUUGGGCAGCACGAGUUCGAGCAGUUGUUGUCUGGAUGAAGAGGUCACACAUGGCAAAAGUUGUUCUUAAAGAGAAACAAGACUUGCUCAAGCUGCCCAAGCACAUGCUCCUCCUGGAUGUAAGGACCAGAUGGAAUUCCCUCUAUUUGAUGAUGGAGAGAUUCACCGAGCAGUUCCCUGCUAUCCAGGCUGCAGCCAUAGAUCCACGCAUAAGAAGGCCCAUGGAGAAGGAAAGGUUGGACAGAAUAGGCAACGAGGACUUAAGGAAAGCAGAGGAGUUUGUGCAUCUCAUGCGGAAGCAUUACACCUCCACACUGGCCGUCUCCAGCGACAAAAGUGCAACCUGCGGUGAGAUUUUGCCCAUCUUGCAGAAGCUGGAGCAACAGUACACUGUGCAGGAAGGUGACUCUGCGUUCACAAGGAGCAUCAAGGAGAACAUUUGGAAGGAUCUCUCCAAACGCUACCAGGGAACUGACAUUCAGAGAUUCCUGGAGGAAGCCACCAUCUUGGACCCCAGAUUUAAAUACAAAGUGAAAAGUGAUGCAGUCUGGGACAGGAUCAGGGAAGCUGCAAUAACAGCAAAUACAGUGGCAGCAAGAGAUGAGCUCCCAGGGGAAGGAGAGACACAGAGGGAAGGCUGCGAAGAUGGGGAGGAGGAAGAAGUAGAGGAAUACUAUGCACUGCCACCACCAUCAAAAAAGACAGCCUUGGAAGAACUAUUCGAGGAGGAGGACAACGAGCUGCAGUCAAUCCGUGAAUCACAGCCCCGUCUUUCCCUGGCUCAGAAGGUGGAUCAGGAAAUCCAGUUCUACAAAAGCCUGCCCUCCAUCCCCUGCAGGGAUAGCGCCGCACUGUGGUGGUGGAACAAGCAGGAUACGCUGCCCUUGCUAUCUGGACUGGCUGAAAACUACCUCUGUGUGCAGGCUUCCUCCACCCCAUCUGAGAGGGUGUUCUCCACGGCUGGAGACACCAUAAGCCCCGAAAGAUCCCGUAUCCUUCCAGAAAAAGCAGAUAUGCUCAUAUUUCUGCAAAAGAACUGUUAAUUUUCCCUACUACUACUUGAGUGCACACACACACACUCACACUCACACUCACACUCACACUCACACACACACACACACACACACACACACACACACACACACACACACACACACACACACACUGUGCUUGUGAUUACAUUGUUCUUGUAAUUACAUGAUUCAGUAUUUGUUAUUUGUUGUUAUUUGUUACAUUUUCUUGUACAGAAAAGCAGAUAUGUUCAUCUGCAAAAGAACUGUUAAUUUUUUUUACACACACA